AUGAAGACUUUGGCUAAGGAAUUUAGCGAUUGCUCAUCGGCAAAACGUGGUGGUGAUUUGGGCUUCAUCAAACGACGGCAAAUGCAGAAGGCCUUCGAAGAUGCAGCUUUCAGUCUUGAAGUUGGUCAGCUAAGCGAUAUUGUGGACACCGAAUCGGGCUUACAUCUGAUUUAUAGAAUUGAGUGA